AUCGACCCAUGAUGUGGUCCAUUCUUCGAGCGUACAAUUCAGCCUUGCUACAUCGACCUCUCUCGACUCAGAUCUUAACUUCUCUCGCUCUGUUUGGAGGUGGAGAUAUUAUCGCUCAGCAACUAUUAGAGAAGAAAAAGGGGAACCAUGAAUGGGCCCGUACGUUAAGAUUGGCAUCGUAUGGUGGUUUUGUGUUUGCUCCUCUUGCGACGAGAUGGCUCAAGACGCUGGAGUUUAUCAAUUUUAAGAAUGUCAUGGCAACAAGGGCUCUGAAGAUCGGGUUAGAUCAAUUUGUUGCCGCCCCGACGAUGCUCGCUGUGUUUUUUACAUCGAUGAAUUUCUUGGAAGGAAAUGAUCUCGAGCAGGCCGAGGAACGAUUGCGAGAAAAAUGGGGCCCAACUCUAUAUCAAAGUUGGAUGAUCUUUGUCCCGUUCCAGACGAUCAACUUUACGCUUGCGCCUCCGCAUCUCCGGCUCUUGUUACUCAACGGCGCGUCUUUGUUUUGGAAUGGUUAUCUUUCCUAUACCAACGCGGCUCAUGUUCCCGUUUCAGGUAAAAUAGUCGAGAAUGCCGAGAAGGUGCUUGAGGAAACUAGGCAUAAGCUCUCUUGAAGCGUGUCUUCGUGCCGUGGGCAUCCACCAGUUUAUUCUGACACGACCGGUCAAAGGUUCCCAAAGUCUAGGCAUUUCGCCUUUAUGACAUUUUUGUUAUAUGUUCAUUUGAUUCGAAUUGUCCAUGUUCUUUCGUCUAGGUCGCAUCGCGACUUUUCCCCCGCCUUGAUUUGGUGUUUAUCUGAUUACAUACAUAGAACUCCCAACAUUCAAUAUAGACAUGUCAUAUU